AUGUCAGGAAUUGGAAAUAAAAGAGCAGCUGGAGAGCCUGGCACAUCUGUGCCUCCAGAGAAGAAGACAGCUGUCGAAGAUUCAGGGACCACAGUGGAAACAAUUAAACUUGGGGGUGUCUCUUCAACGGAGGAGUUAGACAUUCGAACACUGCAAACCAAAAAUCGCAAACUGGCAGAAAUGCUGGAUCAACGGCAGGCCAUCGAAGAUGAACUCCGUGAACAUAUUGAAAAACUGGAACGAAGACAGGCCACUGAUGAUGCCUCACUAUUGAUUGUCAAUCGGUACUGGAGUCAGUUUGAUGAAAACAUCCGUAUCAUCCUUAAGCGUUAUGACCUGGAGCAAGGUUUGGGAGACCUACUCACAGAGAGAAAAGCCCUUGUUGUGCCCGAGCCAGAACCAGACUCUGAUAGCAAUCAAGAACGGAAAGAUGACCGAGAGAGAGGGGAAGGGCAAGAGCCAGCUUUCUCUUUCCUUGCUACUUUGGCCAGCAGUUCCAGUGAAGAGAUGGAAUCUCAGCUGCAGGAGCGCGUGGAAUCCUCCCGCCGAGCGGUGUCCCAGAUUGUGACUGUCUAUGAUAAACUGCAAGAAAAGGUGGAGCUCUUAUCACGGAAGCUCAGCAGUGGAGACAAUCUGAUGGUGGAGGAAGCAGUGCACGAGCUGAAUUCCUUCCUUGCGCAAGAGAACACGAGGCUCCAAGAACUGACCGACCUCCUUCAGGAGAAGCACUGCACCAUGUCUCAGGAGUUUUCCAAGUUGCAGAGUAAAGUGGAGACAGCUGAGUCACGAGUGUCUGUCCUGGAGUCCAUGAUCGAUGACCUGCAAUGGGAUAUUGACAAAAUUCGAAAGCGGGAGCAGCGACUUAACCGACACUUAGCAGAAGUUUUAGAACGGGUAAAUUCAAAAGGUUAUAAAGUAUAUGGCGCAGGCAGCAGUCUCUAUGGUGGCACAAUCACCAUCAAUGCCCGGAAGUUUGAGGAAAUGAAUGCGGAGCUUGAGGAGAACAAAGAGUUGGCUCAGAACCGUCACUGUGAGCUGGAGAAACUUCGGCAAGACUUUGAGGAGGUCACUUCACAAAAUGAAAAACUAAAGGCGGAAUUACGGAGUGCAGUGGAGGAAGUCGUCAAGGAGACUCCAGAAUAUCGCUGCAUGCAGUCACAGUUCUCUGUGCUCUACAAUGAGAGUCUGCAGUUGAAAGCGCACUUGGAUGAGGCUCGGACCCUGCUUCACGGCACCAGGGGGACCCAUCAGCGUCAAGUUGAGCUCAUCGAGCGAGAUGAGGUUAGUCUUCAUAAGAAGCUGAGGACGGAAGUGAUCCAGCUGGAAGAUACACUUGCCCAGGUCCGCAAGGAGUAUGAGAUGCUGAGGAUAGAAUUCGAGCAGACCCUUGCUGCCAAUGAACAAGCAGGCCCCAUAAACCGGGAGAUGCGCCAUCUCAUCAGUAGCCUCCAGAAUCACAACCACCAGCUGAAAGGGGAGGUCUUAAGGUAUAAGCGGAAACUGAGAGAAGCCCAGUCGGACCUGAACAAGACUCGGCUGCGCAGUGGCAGCGCCCUCCUGCAGUCUCAGUCCAGUACCGAGGACCCCAAGGACGAGCCUGCAGAGCUAAAACAGGAUCCUGAGGACGGAGCCGCCCAGUCUGCUGCGUCCAAGGCAUCUCAGGAGGAGGUCAACGAAAUUAAGUCCAAACGCGAUGAGGAAGAGCGAGAACGAGAAAGGAGGGAGAAAGAGAGGGAGCGAGAAAGAGAGCGGGAGAAGGAGAAGGAGCGAGAACGAGAGAAGCAGAAACUGAAAGAGUCAGAAAAAGAGAGAGAGUCUGCUAAGGAGAAAGAGAAGGGGAAACAUGAUGAUGGAAGGAAGAAGGAAGCGGAAAUUAUCAAACAGUUGAAGAUUGAACUCAAGAAAGCACAGGAGAGCCAGAAGGAGAUGAAACUGUUGCUGGAUAUGUACCGCUCUGCCCCAAAGGAGCAGAGAGACAAGGUUCAGCUGAUGGCAGCAGAGAAGAAGUCUAAGGCAGAGUUGGAAGAUUUAAGACAAAGACUCAAGGAUCUGGAGGAUAAGGAGAAAAAAGAGAAUAAGAAAAUGGCUGAUGAAGAUGCCUUAAGGAAGAUCCGGGCAGUAGAGGAGCAGAUAGAAUAUCUCCAGAAGAAGCUGGCCAUGGCCAAGCAGGAAGAAGAAGCUCUCCUCUCUGAGAUGGACGUCACAGGUCAGGCCUUUGAAGAUAUGCAAGAGCAAAAUAUCCGUUUGAUGCAGCAACUGAGGGAGAAGGAUGAUGCAAACUUCAAGCUCAUGUCAGAGCGUAUCAAGUCCAAUCAGAUCCAUAAGCUGCUGAAAGAAGAGAAGGAGGAACUGGCAGACCAAGUUUUGACUCUGAAGACUCAGGUUGAUGCCCAGUUACAGGUAGUGAGGAAACUGGAGGAGAAGGAGCACCUGUUGCAGAGCAACAUCGGCACAGGGGAGAAGGAGCUGGGUCUUAGGACCCAGGCCUUGGAGAUGAAUAAACGCAAGGCAAUGGAGGCAGCCCAGCUUGCAGAUGACCUCAAAGCACAGUUGGAGAUGGCUCAGAAGAAGCUCCACGAUUUUCAGGAUGAGAUUGUAGAGAACAGUGUCACCAAAGAAAAAGAUAUGUUCAAUUUCAAACGGGCCCAGGAGGACAUCUCUAGACUUCGAAGGAAGCUGGAGACCACGAAGAAACCAGACAACGUACCCAAAUGUGAUGAGAUUCUGAUGGAAGAGAUUAAGGACUACAAGGCACGCCUGACCUGUCCAUGUUGCAACAUGCGUAAAAAGGAUGCUGUACUUACCAAGUGCUUUCAUGUUUUCUGCUUUGAGUGUGUGAAGACCCGCUAUGAUACCCGCCAGCGCAAGUGUCCCAAGUGUAACGCUGCCUUUGGUGCCAACGAUUUCCAUCGCAUCUACAUAGGUUGA